AUGGUUCAAGUCAUUCCCCAAUGGUUCGUCUCUGGCGACGACCUAGCGGCUGUCGCGCCCAACGUCUUUCAGAAACCUAUCCAAUACAUGGAAGAUCAUUGCAUCUGUCAACGCAUGACCGAGGAUUAUUAUGAUGAGAAGGGUGACGGAGAAGAAGAAAAUUCGUUGUUGGCCAUCAAGAAGAACAAUGGUGGUCGUCUGGAAUACUACGAAGAACCAGAAGAGAAAAAAGAGCAAGAAGAACAAGAAGCCUACCGAUCGCCCUCGUUUGCCUUGGCCGAUGAUCUUCACCAAGCCGAAGAAGAAAAAGAAGAUUGGGAAGCCAAGAUUCGAAGUAUCAACUAUACUAUGAAAACCACGACGAUUACUGCAACUACUACUGACGAGACUGCAGACGACAACCAGAGUACUUUCUCCGGAAUCAUGACUUCCUGUAGUGAAGCGACUGCGGAAGCUACCAAUGUGGCCAAGGAGACAACCCGAAGCGUCAUUUCGAAAUCUCAAGAAGGGGUGAGAGAAGUGCACACGAAAUUAAGUACUGGCAGGUCUCCUCUACAAAUCGUGCCUGCUUGGAUCAUUACGGGUGACGAUGUGGCCCAAAUCGCACCCGAAUCGUGUCAAUCCCCCAUUCGGUACAUGGAAGAUCAUUGCAUUUGUCAGCGCAUGCCGGAUACAUCAGACGACUACCACCACCAACAGUAUCAUUCAAAACAACAAAAAUUCCAUACAAGCAUGAUGUCAGACGAAGAAAUGAAGACCAAUAGUAAUGAUGACGGGGAUGAUGAUAAUUACAACAAUGAUCAUACUAGUACUACCCAAGAACGACACUUGUUCAGCAUGCUGAAUAAUCUAAAUGCAAGAGCACCAUUGGAACCACCAAAUCCAAAGAGACCAGGUGAAAGUCAUUUCAUCGAAGACGACAUGAUGGAGUUGCUAGAAACCGUCUAA